AUGUUACCAAAUAUUUUUAAAACAGUUUUUGUUCUUUUUCUGGUUUUUCAAUUCAGCAGCAGACUCUUCGCCAACGAUUAUAUUGGCUGCUUCAGAGAGGACAAUGACCAUCCAGAUUUUCGUUUCAUCCCUGGGGACCUUGACCCUGCAGAUGGCACUCCGCUGUCCUGUUUGACUGCGUGUUCAUCCCGGUUCCAAUACGCUGCGAUCGCCGACAAGCGUGUGUGUUUAUGCGGACGUGAGGUGAACACCUCUUUGAUUGUGAAUGAUCUGUAUUGCACAGAGAAAUGUAAGGAGUCUGGUGACAGUCACGUCUGUGAUCACGUGGUGUAUUACAAUGUGUACUGGAGAGAGAAUGGAAUUGUGGGAUUGGUCAUGAAUAUUGGGAAGAAGACAGAGUUGUUUUCGAAGACAUGGUUUAAUGCGAGUGUGGUUGGAUCGUCCGUGGAUUUCAGAUUCAAACUGGACGACAAGUUUGUAUCUGCUUGGUCAAAUUCUUCCUCUCAAUCCUACGUCUUUGUGGAGACUUGCCAACAUGUUGUUCAAGUUGUCGCAAGGAAUUCUUUUGGUAGUAAAGCAACGGUAGAAAGGACUUUAAAUGUCGUGGACAGGUUUCAAAGCGCUCAAUUUCACUGUCCACGAGCGUCCAUUCCUGGGAAUGAGAUUGUCUGUGGUGGAGAGUGGCACGCCGGUGUGGGGACAGUUAGAUUUGAUUAUGGAGACGACACGUCCGAAAGUUUUUAUUUUGAUACCCCAGUACAUGUACAUAAUCCUGUGCCAGAAGUGAAUGUAACUCCGUCUGGAUUACCAGAGACAAAUCACUCCACAUACGUUUUGACAAGCGCUCUGAAUGUUGAAGCUGGUGAAAUAACUCACUGGUCGCUUCGAGCGACAAAACCUGGCAAAAUCAGAGUUCAGAUUUAUCGUCCUCACCAGACGAACGAAUCAACACAAGAGAUGUAUCUGAAGAGAACUACACGAAACGUAAUCAAGUGUAACAUUAUGGAAACGUAUUGCUUAACUCGGAAGCUUUGUGUACCGUUGAAUGGCGCUCAAAAUACUUCCGUCCCUUCCCAAGAUAACACGACAAACAUUUCCUUGAAUUAUGAGAUGGUUUCUGAAGAAAUCCUGGACGUACCGAACCUGGGUUAUCACAUCAUCCCGAGUAAGAAAUGCGUGAAAUUACAAAGAGAUGAUGUGAUUGGUUGGAGCUCAGAUGGAGGUCUUUUGAGUUUUGUGGAGGACAAAAGCCCUGAAAGAGUGACGUUGGAAUACCGUGGUCAAAAUAAAACAAAGAUACAGAUGAAGCUCUCCACAAGGAUUCAUUUUGGUGCUCACAUUUUAACUGCGUAUAUACGAGAACCGUUAAAAUUUGAAAUUCGUCAUACUUAUGAAGUCCCUGGGGUGUACACUAUCCGAUCGUCAGAAACCCUCCCAUUAUCCAUAACUAUCGAUCGCCCGUUAACCUCAUUUACCAUUGAUGUCCCCAAGUUAGGCGAGACAAACUCCACAGUUCUUCUGACUGUUAAUCACCAUAAUUCAACUGGUGUUACAUACUUUUGGAACUUUGGGGAUAAUAAGAGUGUGAACAGUACGAACUGGACUAUCACGCAUGUAUACAGCUAUCCCGGAUUGUACCACAUUGUCCUUAAUGCCACAAAUUCCGUCAGUAAGUUUGCAGUUGACUCUGGUAUUGAGAUCCUGAAUCCAAUUAGAAAUUGCUAUUUUAAGCAACCAGUGAUAGCUGUGGUAUUUGGUGAAGCAAUAUCCCUGGCAUGGCGAUGUUCCUCCGGUUCAAAUGUUACAUUUUACGUCUAUUUUGGCGACGGAGGAUUGCUUCAAUUUCCGCCAAUAUCCGACAGUUUUAUCGGGAAUAAUUUGUCGCAUACUUAUACGUCUGCUCGCCAUUACAUGCUUGAGAUUGUGGUUUCCAGUCCUCUGAGAAAGAACGUGAGCUUCUCUGGAAGCGCAAUGAUUGAAGUCCCCAUCGAUGGUUUGGAAGUCAGUUUGCUUGAUUGGAAUCAUACUGAAGUGCUAUACAUAGCCACUUUAAGUGAGCUAGUCUUUGAACGUGCGUUCACACACGGCUCGCACGUGAUUUGCACGUUUGAUUUUGGGGACUCCGAGUCAGUUACGAGUUCAGAUAUAAUGGCCAACCAUACAUUUCGCAGACCAGGAUAUUAUCACGUAAAUAUCACGUGUUUUAAUCAUGUAAGUUCCAUGUGGGCAGUUUUGAAUACCACUAUAGUCGUCGAGGACAUCUUAGCGUUGCAAAAUCUCUCCCUAAAAAUCGUACCUGCAAUUCUUGGAAAUAUUUCCAAAUUUCACUUGAUCAUUCCUGAAGGUAACUUAUUCAGUUGUGAAUGGGAUUUUGGGGAUAAUACAACGCAUAUCACCUCUUAUCCAUCAGUGAAUAUAAUUGCUUCUCAUCUCUACCACGAAGUUGAAACAUACAAUGUCAUCGUGAUUUGCCGCAACAAACUCGGUGAAGUGUCGGUGACGGCGCACGCCGAUGUCGACGAGCCAAUCAAUAAUGCCUAUCUGAUGAAUCCCACAUCUUACAUUCAAAUCAACCAAUCAGUGGAGUUCAUUCUGAGUUUGCAAAAGGGAACUCGGUGUUGGUACUGUAUUGAAUGUAAUGGUCGCGCUAGAUACCUGGGAGAUAACGUUACCACGGCAACGAUAUCACAUGCCUAUGCUAUUGCGGGUCAAUAUCUUGUGACUUUAAAGUUAUGGAAUUCCGUUACCUUGAUAACUCUCACUGCUUCAAAAGUUUUAGAAGUUCAACAUCCCGUCGAAGGAUUUCAAAUGUUUGUAGCUGAAGAAAAAAGAUGCCGGCAUCCUCUCAAUAUCGCUGUGUGCUUAAACCUAUCUGUAAACAAUUUCCCGCCCUCGAAUGCCUCCGUCUUACUUAAUUAUGGCGACAAUUCGACCAAAGUCUUCAGCCUUGCUAAUUUUAAAUAUCUCAUGUGUUUGGACAAGCACAAAUAUUCCAAUCCUGGACUUUUUAACAUAACUGCAAAGAUCUUCAAUAAUGUGAGCACUCAGCAGCUAAUUUUGGUAAACCAUGAAAUACUACAGCAUGCUGAACUGAACAACCUUAAAAUUAGUUUUGAAAAUGGUUCUGGGUUUCAGAAAGGUUUAGGCGAAAACAACCAUUUUUUUCCUGCUAAAAAAGUUGUCAAGUUUGAAGUUGAAGAAAACCAACAUGACGUCAGCUACGAUUGGAGGAUUGGGAACGAAAACUUUGGCAAUAAAAGCGUUGUUGAAAACGUGUUUUCAAAGACCGGUUGUGGAAACGUUUCUGUGGUUAUCAAAAGUUCCAUUCUUGACGAAAAAUGUCUCAGAUUUCUUUGUAUUGAAGAAUCUCUUCUUGUCUUAAACCUAAGUGUUGUACAACCGGCGUAUUUUAAAGACCCUACCGUAUUUGAAAUCUCUGUUGAAAACGCUAGUAUUUCUUCUUGUUUUAAGCUGGAUUUGGGAGACAAUUCUUCAGUCAUGUUUGGUUCUCCGGCAUGUGGGAGAAAGCAUCUAUAUCUUUCUAGUUAUUCGCAUUUUUAUAAGAAACAGAUGAAUUACACUGCGACACUUACUCGUUGGAACAACGUUAGUUCCAUCACUCGCUCUGUGAAGGUCUUUAUCUGGGAUGAAGCCUGUGGGAGUGUUAUGGUUAAAAUUACUGGCGGUGGCUCCAAACAUCGGCCGUUCACCGUGAGAAGUUCGGGAGAGCUCGUACUUCAUGCUCACGUCACGCAUACAUGUCACGUGGCCAAAACUGUUGUUGUUGAUUGGUCCGUCUUUCUGUGGAACUUUGGCACCGUGGGGAGGCUAGUUUCCAGCAAGCGACGGACGCAUGAAAAUUCAAGCAAGCAUUUCACCGAUCAAUUUUUAAUAACAGCAUCGAGAUUUGCGACAGGAGUUUAUAAAGUUAGGGUUCGCGUUGGUUUUAUUGGGAAAGAUAGGGAUUUGAGGAACAUCACUGGAUUGAACUAUACGUGGUUUGAGAUUUACAGGCCACCGCUUAUCGCGCGCAUUGAAGGUGGUAUAUCGCGUUCAGUUCCAUGGGAUUCUCAGUUGGUUCUGGAUGGAAGAAGAUCUCAAAACUUAGGAAACAUUCUGAAACAGCUUCGAUUUUCAUGGUCAUGUCGCUUGGCAACGACAAUAUAUUCCCUGGCGACUAACGUUGCAUUAAAUGAGUGUUUUCGUAAUGGCAUUGACGUGAUCUGGAAUACUUCUGUCGUGACGGUGCAGUCUGGGAAAUUCAAUCCCAACCAGGAGUAUGUGUUUCGACUGGAGAUUGAAGAAGGUAACCGAAGAUCACAUUCCGAACAAACAAUCUUUGUUUUUGAUGGACCAAUUCCUUCUUUAGAUUUGAGAUGUGUGGUAAAUUGCAAGGAAACAGUCGACCCAAGCAAGCGUUUACUGCUGCAAAGCAAGUGUUUGAACUGUCAGCUUGAUACAAAACUUCAUUAUCAAUGGUCGAUACAUUACUGUAAUGGCUCAGUCCACUCCUGUCAGGAGUUAACAGACUUUCACAGCAAAACCUCGACUGGUCUCUUGGGUGCUAACAUCGCCAUCAUUGAGAAUAUUUUGGAAAUUGGCGCGACUUAUCGACUUCGUUGCAGUGCGUGGAGAUUACGGUCGGACAUUUCUGGUUAUGUCGAGUAUCUACUCAGGGUUAACAAGCCCCCGAUUGAUGGUCGUUGCUCAGUGACACCUAAAGAAGGAUUCGCUUUGGAAACGUUGUUUAAUAUUUCCUGUUCUCACUGGUGGGAUGAAGAUAUUCCGCUGACGUAUUUGAUUGAGGCGCACAGUGGCGAUCACCAAACAUACUUGACAUCGGGAAAACAGAGCAGUUUGUUAAUUCGUUUGCCAGUAGGCUCAACGGAGAAGAACUUCACUCUUAGUGUCGUUGUUAAAGUUGUUGACGAGCAACUGUUCAGUACGACAACUACACAUUCGGUCAAGGUCUCUCCUCCGUCUUCAGUGAAUUACUCUAAUGCAGUCCAAGACAUUGGCGCGGCUGCAAAGUCAAACGAUAAAGGGGAGGUGUUCGCGUUAGUCACAUCACUUUGUUCAGUAAUGAACCUCAACGUCUCCAGCCAGAAUAUCGCCAACAAUUCGAAGGUGCGUUUUCAAAUUGGUAAGAUUUUAACAUCAACAAACUUCACAGAUUUGAACGGUGUUCAAGGGCUAAGCAACGCGUAUGAAGUUUUAACUUUGAUACCUGAAGAAACUAGUUUAGGAUUGCAGAACGAAGUGGUAAAAUCUAUUUUUGGGACGAUCCCUGUCAUGGAAAGCUUGGCUAAUACAUCACGUGAUGUCCAUAAAGUCGGCUCCAGUCUUCACAGGGUUUUGAGUAAUAUUAUUGGAGCAGCCUUGGUGACGUCAAUCAAUACUGUUACUGAAGAAGAGAGCAUAACGGCCAACGAUACAAAAAUCUAUGCGGAUAGAAAACAGGAAAACAGCAUUGAAAUCACUUUCCAAACAUUGGACGGAAUUAACAACGUUUUAUUACAACAAGUCCUAGCAGGAGACAGCUUAACGGUGAUCAAGACAGAUAACUACAAUAUUAAACUCACGAAGCGAAGUCUGAACUGUUUCAUGCGAAACGACGAAUAUAAUCUUACAACAGGCGAACUUCCUGUGAGACUCGAAGAUACGAAAUAUUUGGUGAAGAAUACGAACUACACAGACAACAGUAUUCUUGGUUUGACGGUCACAGACUUGUUGAAAACGACCAGCAACAUUUACAAUACAACCUCUGACAAGAUCACUUCGAAUAUUUUGCGUGUGAACUUGAGAGAUUCUUUCGGGCGAUAUGUGGACUUGAGGAACAUUCCUCUCAAUAUAUUUGUCAAAACCUCACCGCAGAACACAGGACUUUCCUCAACUCACAUUCUCAACGCUCGGAAUAGUUUAAAAUUUCAUAAAUUUAAUCAAACUAGCGUCGACUCCACGCUCGUCAUAAUAUUCAGUGACGUUGAUCCCAAUCUGAGCCUGCAUGCCUUCCUUAGUAUCGGCCAGCGACCAACAUCAAAAGAAUACGGCCUCAAAAUCGAGUUUACCGCAAAGGAAUUGGCCAGCGGACAAUAUACUUGGGUGGUAUCGCGUGAUCGAUUACAUAAUCUCACCGAUUCUCAAGAGUUCCAGGAAUAUUUCCUCGGCGUGACAUGGAACGAGGACAUGGUGCUGAAUAACAAGAAUUACACUCUUCGCGUAGUUUGGAUGAAAUGUUUGAUGUUGGAGGAUGAAGAGGGGACUUGGACGACUUCGGGGUGUAAGGUUGGUAAUCUGACCACAUUGGAACGGACACAUUGUGUUUGCCAACCAGGAGAAAAUGAUCAUUUCAGACUCCACAAGAGAUCAGCAGAAUUUAGCAGAAAAAAGACUUUCAAAAUUUCCGUUGGAGCUGAAGUGUUUCCUUCUCCAAACAAAAUCGACUUCAAUUUCGUGUUUGACGCUGAUGUCAGCGACAAUCCUGUCGUCUUGAUUGCAGUCUUAACUGUGCUCGGAGUAUUCCUAAUUCUUUUUGUAUACGCGAGAAGACGAGAUCGCAAAGACGCAGAGAAAAUUGGAGUCACAGCUUUGUCUAGCAACAAGUCAUCCGACAAAUAUUUUUACGAAGUCACAAUCCACACCGGUUCGGUUUACAACGCCGGCACUUCUGCGCAUGUCUCAAUCAAGGUGAGCGGUUCAGAGGAGGAUCUGGGUCCAAGAGUUCUAUACGAUCCAACGAGACAAUGCUUUCAACGUUCAGCAAUCGACACAUUCCUCAUCAGCUCACGUGAUUUCAUUGGUGACAUCAGCUAUCUCCAAAUAUGGCAUGACAACACAGGUGUCUCUCCUUCAUGGUAUUUGGAUAAAAUCGUCAUACGCGACCUCAGUGACAAAAAGAGUUAUGUAUUCUUUAACGAAACUUGGCUUGCUGUUGAAAACACGCAUUGUGAAGUGCAGAAACUUCUUUUUCCAGCAUGCAAGGACGAAAUAUCACAAUUCAAAAGGCUCUUUAAUUCAACGAUUCAUAGCAAAUUAAGAGACCAACAUCUUUGGUUUUCGCUUUUAUCCCGUCCUGUUGAGAGCCGCUUCACAAUGGUCCAGCGGUUAUCAUGUUGUCUGACUUUGCUGUACACGACGAUGCUUGCGAAUGCAAUGUUUUAUCAGGGAGCUGUGUCAAAUACGACUGAGUCGAGCCUCGUCGUGGGUCCUUUUAUACUUGGCUUGCGUGAAGUCGCUGUCGGUAUUUUUAGCGCGUUAGUUAUCGUUCCUGUCAACGCCGGUCUCGUCUGGAUGUUUCGAAAUCUGGAGAGGAAACCUGCAGAAGAUGAUUUAGUGGCUCGAAGGCAGGGGAAAAGAUUUUGGUGGUUUUAUGAACUGUUUUUCUGUUGUUUCAAGCGAAGGAAAUCUACGAACUUUGGAAAGAUUAUCAGAAGACGAAGUGGUAAUGAUUAUUUAUAUCAUGACGGACUCGAUGAGGACGGAGAUAAGGUUUCCUAUUCCGAGUACUCGUUGAAACACUUGGGUGAUCCUGUUGAAAUCUCAAACGCAACCAUCAAACUUAGGGAGAAAACGGAAAAGUCGGUGACACCCUUUAAAAUACCAUACUGGUAUGUUUAUGGGAUAUGGUUCGUGUUGUGUUCCACCUGCUUUGUUUCUGCCUUCUUUCUGGUUCUCUAUGGCUUGCAGUUUGGAAGAGUCGUGUCCAGUCAAUGGUUGACUUCAAUGACCGUUUCGUUUGUGCAAGAUGUUCUGAUCACUGAACCGCUGAAGGUUUUUGCAAUGGCAAUCGUUGUUGCUUUGAUCAUAAAGAAGCCGGAAAGUUCAGACCUUGAUACCACAGAUCAUGAACAAACUAUUGUGAAUCAUCAACUACAAAACACUGACAAUAAUGAUUCAGAUCUGCCAAAUCACGACGAUAUACUUCAUUUAAAACCUCCGGAUAAAAAAGAUCUUGAAACGGCAAGAAACAAGAGGUUAAAAGAACUUCGAACAGGCGCCCUUUUGAAAGAGCUUGGUGUGUACGUUGUAUUUUUAUUCUGCCUGUCCACAGUGGUUUAUAAAAGCAAGAAUCCAAUGUCAUUUCAAAUCAACAAAGUUAUGACAGACCUCUUGGUUGAACAAAAUGACGUUGGCGUGAAUUUUCGCCAGAUCUCGAAUAUUAGUGAUUUACUGACCUGGACAAACAAAACAUUCCUUGAUAUAAUAUUCCCCCCUUCCAACGAUCCAAAACUCUUCUCAGGAGAAAACACAAACAUGGUAUUUGGUCAUUUUUAUCUUAUCGGUUCUGUGCGACUUUAUCAAACAUUGGACGACAAAGUAAGUUCAACAAACACAGCCCAAACAUUGUUCGUGGACCUGCGUGGUUCAAACGACACUGGCGAUGCAAAAAACAUGCACUUUGCACAAAUUCAAAAAUGGCUAAAUAGAAAAUCUCGUGAAAUCAUCAUCAAAUUUGACUUAUAUAAUCCAUCUUUGAACUUAUUCUGCUUCGGGAAGCUAACUUACGAGGUAUUGGCGUCGAACGGUGUGAAAACCCAGGGAGAUUUUGAAGUCACAAAACUUUUUGCGGUUGGUGGGAUUUUAGAUACAUUUUCUGUGGUCAAUCAUAUCUUGUUGUUUCUCUUUUUCCUCAUGUUAACUUACCGUGAACUAAAGCAGUUGUACCGGUUGAGAAAAGGUUAUUUCAAAUGCGUUUGGAACGUUCUACAAGGUUGUCUUGCUCUACUUAUAUUAUCCUGUAUCGUUGUAUUUUUCCUGCGUUUAAUAUUGAUCGAGAAAGUUCUAACAAGUCUUGAAGGCAACCGUGAAAACUCUAUACGUUUCAACACGGUCGUAGUUAUGGAUAAACUUCUCACAAACUUAAUAGCAUUCAUGGUUUUCCUAUCGUGGCUUCUUGUAACGAAAUUCCUUCGCUUCAAUCGAAGGCUAUCCUUCCUCCAGGACACUCUAGGAAAAGUGGCCAAACCUCUAGCAACUUAUUCUGUGGUAUUUUUUACCGUGUUUUUUGCCUACGUCCAUUCGGGUUACCUGCUUUUCUCCAGAGAACUGAAACAGUUCAACGGCCUUCAGUCAUCAUUCACGUCGCUCUUCAGUCUCUUCAUGGGACAUUUUGAUUUCCACACUUUGCAAAACUCGAAUCGUAUCAUUGGACCUGUGUUUGUAUUCACGGCUUUGUUUUUUGGAGGUUUCAUAAUCAUCAACCUGCUGGUGGUUUUAAUUCUGGAGUGCUUCUUGCUGGUAAAAACUGGGAGACGAGAGAAUCAGUACGAGCUGUUUGAAUACAUCAAGAGAAACCUUUGCUAUUGGUUGGGAAUAUCUCCGGGAAAUGUCACCCAAGGAGAUGUAGUACUACGAGAACGGUCUCCCACGAAGAAUAUCCCCGGAGAAAGAGGCCAACGUGGUGAUUUUCCCGUACAAGAUGCGUCACCUGGUGUGGAAGAGACUUUGGCGAUUGAAAAUCGUAUCGCAAAGCAAGAGACCAACCUGAGGGAGAUAGAAAGAUCCACAAGUGCCCUGAUGACGUCAUUGGAAAGCGUUUGCGCAGAGGAAUGGUACGAGGAAUUGAUGUUGUACAAGUUGAUCUUGAAAGGCCUGGGCCUAUCGUGCUAUGAUUGGUUGGAUUGUGUGAUGAAUGUGGAGAGCAAGGAAGAAAUGGGGAUGGCGUUGAUGCGUAGUGAGUUAUACGAAGCUGUGGAGAACUAUUCACAAGAUAUCGAGAACGGUGUUAAAAUGUCAGCCGGAGAACCGGCGGCGGCUAAUGGUAGUGUAGAGAGCUCAUUGUCAAGUUUUGAUCUUUGCUUUGAGGAUGAAAGCUUUUAACAAGUGCGUCUUUACAGAAGGAGUACUCUUUAAAACGAGUAAAGGCAUUAG